AUGGCGGUUCAAGCGACGACGUUGUCAUUCAUUACCGAUUCAUCCCUUGACACCGACGGGUCUACCUCUCCUGACGAAAGCACAGACAUUGAGACGGAGGCGGCAGCGGAAGCGGAAACGGAUGAAACAUAUUUCGAAUCUCGCAAGGGUUGGAACGGGCCCGCGGGCAUGAAGGGUGCAGAGAGCAAAGGCUUCUACGGCGACGUCGUACAGGACUACAAGGCCAUUGCACGGGAUGUCGAAGCGGCCCUGGUCGGCGGAAGUGACCUCCCUCCCUCUACAGACAUCAACGUCGUCAGCACGACUGUCAACAAGAAGGACAAGGAGAACGUUCCGGUAAUCUAUGGAGGUCCCGAGCUGGUCCCUUCAGACGAUGAGUUGUGGGGGUGA